UGAGGACACGUACACACAAUCGUGAAAAGAGACACAUACACUGUGCCUCCAAAACAGAUUUUCUUCCAAAUUUCUCUCGGAAUUACGCUGUUUUUUCCGUUGCAGCUGUAGUUGAGACCUUCUAACUGCAGAAAAUCCACUUAGUUAGGUAGUUUUAUUUAGAAAUCAGGCGUAAAUCGACCCGAGCGCGAUGGCUGACGUAGCAGAAGAAGUCAUUGAGACAGUGAAGAACGUCGUGAAUCAAGUUGCCGAGAACUUGACGAACACCGAUGGCGAGGAAAUCUCCGGAAAGAAGGUUCCAUCGACGCCCGAAGGAAUGGCAGUUGCUUACAUCAGUUUGGUGACGAUGGCGCUUCUUCCCAUAUUUUUCGGUUCCUAUCGGUCUGUGAAGUACCAAACGAAGCAAAAAGAGUCCAACGAAAAGCCCGAAACGAUGACAUCGAAGGACGCAAUGAUGUUUCCCUUGAUUGCUUCGUGCUCGCUCUUCGGUAUUUACUUGGUUUUCAAGAUUUUUUCGAAGGAUCACAUCAAUUUGCUGCUGACUGGAUACUUUUUCUUGCUUGGCGUGAUGGCACUGACGCAUUUAUUGACUCCCUUUUGCAGUCCCCUUAUGCCAAAGAGCUUCCCUUUGGUGCCGUAUCACUUGCUGUUCGUCCGUGGCGAGGGAAAAAACAAAGAAGCCCUUAUCGAUUUCAAGUUUACGACGCAUGACGUUGCUUGUUUCAUCAUGUCGACCGUUAUUGGGGUCUGGUAUUUGAUGAAAAAGCACUGGAUUGCCAAUAAUUUGCUCGGAAUUGCAUUUGCGGUGAAUGGCGUUGAACUUUUGCACUUGAAUAACAUCGUUACGGGAUGCAUUUUGUUGUCCGGGCUCUUUAUUUACGACAUUUUCUGGGUUUUUGGCACAAAUGUCAUGGUUACGGUCGCCAAAAGCUUCGAUGCGCCCAUUAAACUGCUCUUCCCGCAAGAUAUUCUCGAACAUGGCGUCAAUGCUUCCAAUUUUGCCAUGCUCGGACUCGGCGAUAUCGUGAUCCCGGGAAUUUUUAUUGCCCUCUUGCUGCGAUUUGAUGUCAGUUUGAAGCGGAAAUCGCAUGCUUACUUCAAUGCCACGUUCCUCGCGUACUUUUUGGGACUUUUGACGACAAUUUUCAUCAUGCACGUCUUCAAACACGCACAACCGGCGUUGUUGUAUUUGGUUCCUGCCUGCAUGAGUGCCCCAUUUUUGUUGGCGUUGUGCAAAGGUGACAUCAAAACUUUGAUCGCGUACGAAGACCAUCCGGAAGAGAAGGAGAAGAAACAAAAAUCGAACAAAAAAGACAAAUCAGCGGAAAAGCAACAAGAAGCAGUGACAAAUGAAAAGUCUGAAAAGGCGGAGAACAAGAAAAAUAAGAAAGAGUCGAAAAAGGCAAAAUAAAGGAAAGUUAACAGCUCGCUCACAAUUUUAUGUUUGUUAAAAGUCAAUAGAGUUUAUUUACAAAAAAAAAGGAGAAAAAUAUGGAUUUUUUUUUAGUUUUAGUAUUAUUUAAAAGAAUUUUUUCAAUCAAAAAAUAUUGAAAUCCUCUGAGACUUGAGUCGAAAUAAAAAGGCACAAAAACAGACUUAAAUAAAAGAUUUUUAAAAA